AUGAACUAUCUUGAAAGGUUUAUUGCCAAGCGUUAUAAAUUUACUAAAGAGAUUUGGAAGGGAGGAGCAGAUAACUGGCCUGUGAUUGAACCAGAUUCUAAGCUGAGCAAGAAAGAAAAAAUACAGGGCAAGGUUCAUCAGAAAAGGACAAAAAAUGUAAAAGGUGAUAAACCUUUCUUCUCAAAAGCGGACAAAGGGAAAAGAAUCUUAGAACUCGUUGAUAAGAAGAAUGAAGCACACUGGGCUGAGCUGAAGGAAAUGUGGUCCCUCGAGAAAAAAAUCAUGAAGGAUGAGCUGGUGGAUGAGAUAAUUAGUAUCCUGCGCGAUAGAGGAAAGUAUCCCUGUCCAAAAUGCACUGAUAAAUCUAAUUCUCCUGUAAGGGAUAAUAGUUGUAAUUCGAAGACAAAGUCAGGGAAUGUCCACUCGGGAAGCAGUGUUAUAGACCAGUUGAAUCUGAGUAUCGUAGACGAUGAUGGACAAAAAGAGAAGGAAAAUGUUGAUCAAAGUUGUGGAACACAGUUGGCAGAGGAGACAAUAGGUGAGGCGUCCAAUAGUCAUGCAAAAAAUGCACUUCGUUUUGCCAACCUUCGUUUUGACAAUAGCGUUGUCAUUCGGUAG